AUGCCGAAAAAAACAGGAAAAGAUAUCAAAGUAGCAAGGGCAGCCAAAGCCGCUAAAGCAGCCAAAGCUGCUGAGACUAACGAAGUUGUCAAUGAUGAUGUUCCAGUCAGAGAAGAAAUUGAAUAUGUUCUUCAACCAAUGUGCACAAAUGGAGAACCUCUAGUUAUCAAUUCAAACAUGAUUCAUGUUCCACGGGUUUUAAACAACAUUAUAAAACAAGUUUAUGGCAAAUCACUGCAAAAACUUUCCAUUGGUCCGCCACCUGAGUAUUUGACAGACGACCCCAAAUCUAUGGUCGACUAUCUUGAUGAAUUCUCAAAAGCAAUUAAAGAGUACAACCUAACGCACCGGAAACCAUUAAAAAUUGCUGCCAGUGAAUGGAACCGUCCGAAAUGCACAUUACCAGUCGCAGAAAAGAUCAUCGAACAAACCUAUGCAUUGACGAUUCCAAAACCAAAACAACUGAACAAGCAUUAUGAGACAUUCACAUCAGAAGUGUACGGGGAAACGAAUCUUCCGCAGAUGAGUGCGUUCCUGGACUAUUUGAAUUUGACUGAAAAGGAUGUUGUUGUCGAUUUGGGAAGCGGCGUGGGACAAUUGGUUUUGUUCACGUCUGCCUACUCCAAGGUUUCGAAAGUAGUCGGAAUUGAAAUUUCCGACUAUCCAGCAGCGUGUGCGAAAAAUAUGGGACAUCAAUUCAGAAAUUUGAUGAGACACUACGGGAAAGAAAUUUCUCCAUUCGAACUGCACCGAGGAAGUUUCCUAGACGAAACAUUCAGAAAUCUUAUUACCAAGGAGGCCACAGUGAUUUUUAUAAACAAUUUUGCAUUUUCGGUUGAUCUCAUGGCCUCGAUUAUGAAAUUGUUGGAAAAUUUGGACAAUGGAGUUCGAGUAAUUACCUCUAAAAAGUUUGUGGCUAGUUCAAGUACAAGACGGGCACAGGCAGCAGAUUUUUCAUGUCUAAUCGAAACAACUGAACUGCCCAUUGUUACCUCCGAAGAAGGUAACAAUGUGUCAUGGACGUCUAAAUGUGUUCAAUUUUACCUGAAUACUGUCGAUCUAGAGAAGCCAUUCAAAGACCGGAUUAAAGCUGAACAAAAAGCAGAAAAAAUGAAACAGCAGAGGAAAAUGCGUCGAGAAAACAAAGAGAACGGACAAAUUGCAACAAGACCGCCCACAAAAGCCGUCAAGCGACGAUAUCAAACUCAGCCACGUCAGAGACGUUCGAAAAAGAUGAAAGUUUCUGUCCCAUCGGAGUCGAACGUUUCACAAACUUCAGAGCAACUGCAAUUUGCUGAAGUUGCAAUGGAAGAAGAACGACUCGACAAACCAGAAGAAGUUGCAGAUACCGAAGUUUCGCUACAAAACGAACAGAUGACGGGAAUAAAGCGAGAAACAGAAUCAAUACAUUCAACAAGCGCUCAGAUGGACACAGAAGAAAAAAUGACGGAAACUUUGGAAACCCCAAUUUUGCUGUCAGAAAUUGUUCUGGAGCAAAAAAUCGACGUCAAUUCUGAAGAGAUACCUCUAGGAAAUGAAAUGGUAGCUACGAAUACGUCGAUGAAUGCGCCAGUGGAUGAAAUGGCUCUCGAAGAACCCGAAACCCACUUUGAUAGAAAUAAAGAAGUGAAAGCAGUAGUCGAAAAACUCAAAACUGAUGUGGAGAAAAAAGAGAAGGAAGAUAUGCAAGAACAGAUGGAAUUGCAGUUAGAAGCUGACCAGGAACAUAACAGUGAAAUCUCAUCUCGAGUGACAACUCCUGACACCGCCACAAGUAUUUCCGACAUGUCUGAAUACGAGCAAGGCAUGGCCGCAGACGAGUAUAUGACUGACAUGAUGCAUCGACAGACAGAAAUGGUAUAUUGA